AUGCGCUGCUCUAUUUUUACCGCACUCGUUCUCGCAAUUGCGCUUACUCUGACGUCCGCGUCACCCAUACCCAUCGACACUAAUGAAGUAAGCGCUCGGGAAGCUGAGGCGCAGUUACCACCCGGGUGUUCCCCCUUCGUUUGCAUAUGA